AUUUACUAUGGUUUUAUUUGAUGCCAGUAUAAUUAUCAUUUAUACGUUUGAGAUGUUCCCUUGAAAGCAAAUCAGGAAGUGUGUACAUGUAUGACAUGCAAUAUUUGGUAAUGAUAUGAUUAAAUAUAAAGUAUAAAAUAUUUCUUUUCAAUAUGGACUUACAUUUAAAUUGCUGUUUAACGGUUGUGAUUUACAUGACAAUAUCUGGUCAAGGAUACGUGUCGACUGAUAUCAUGAUAACUCCAAAAUAUAUUGAUGGUACUGAGGGAAGCAACGUUUCCUUCAAAUGUGUACACAAUGGAACAGGGUUAAGAAUGGCAUGGCGACGAGAUGAUGAUAGUAUUAUUUGCAUGUUUGCAACACAUGAGUCAUGUAGUGUUCUCAUUAUAACACAAGAGGAAAUCGCUUGCACUUGUGAAAAAGGUUAUCAGAACAAAACAAUUAUUUCUUUACCAAUACCAACUAUUUCAAGAGCCGAUCACACUACUUCCUGGUUUUGUACAGUUACAUUUAUGACAGAAAUCGUCAAGCAACAUGCAUCUUUAUUCGUCAAAGUUCCAGUUAAAGCAUUGAAUAUCAUGUCCAUUGCGAAGUCCAUACAUAUUUCUGGAAACAAAACCACAACGUUUACUUGCAACACUUCUUACAGCCGGCCGAUACCUGAGAUUCAAUGGAUGUUAAAUGAUCAUAGUCAUUUGCAAUUAUAUGGAGAGCAAACAAAUAAAACAAACACCAAGGGUUUGACUUCAGCGGAGAGUACACUUUAUUACAAACCUAGCAGAACAUACAACGGAUGGACACUUUAUUUGUUGUCAUCAGGUCGGAAGUGCAAAAGGAAGAAAUAUUAUCAAGUUUAAUAACACUUAAUGUCACAUAUCCACCUGAUUUAACACUAAUGAUUAAUGGGUUUCCCUCAAAUGGAAUUUAAAAUGUUAUUGAAAAUAGCACAGGUUCUUUAGCUUGCAAAAUUACCGGAGGAAAUCCAAAGCCAUUUUUGACAUGGACUAGAUGUUUUGAUAAUGAAAUUUAUACUAGUUCUGGCAGCUCAUCUACAACAGAAAGUAAGACAAAAACGUUGACUUGGCGGGCAAUAUCUGACACUGACAAAUUAUGUACUUGUCAGUCCAUACAAUAAGAAAGAAAUGA